GUAAUAAAAUCUACCUCACAGAAAACAUUUUAAACUCAUUAUAGAAGAACAUCUGAUACUUUCCUUGAAAUAAAACCAUAUCCACAUAUAUUUAAGAAAGCUCAACUUCCAUAUAAUCCAAAGUCUGAACCUCAAAACUAGAUUGGAGUUUAUAUAAAUUACCACAACACACACAAAAAAAAAAAAGGAUGAAUGCGAUGUUUUGGCAAGAUAAAAAAAAAGAAUUUGACCCCAAAAAAAUGAAUGAAAGAAUGUAAAGUAACGUACGUACAAUCCAACACACGGGAAGGACGCGGAACAGAAACUAAUGUGUUACCGUCAAGUGCAUGUGGGACCCAGAUUAAGUGCGUGAAUCUCACUCUCCCUAUUACAACUCUCGCUUGCCCGCUUCGUUAUAUUCCCACCACCCAUCCAUCCACUAGCAAGCGAGAGUCAGAGAGAAUCAUAACUCGAGUUCUUUGAGGUUACUUGUUAUUGUGAUUUUUUUCCUUGAUCUUCGUUUAGGAAGAGAGUAAAAUAUGAUCGGGAGUAGAAAGAGGACGACGCCGGCGAGCAGGACUCGAGUGGGGAACUAUGAGAUGGGACGAACUCUAGGCGAAGGUAGCUUCGCUAAGGUCAAAUACGCUAGGAACACCGUCACUGGAGAUAUAGCCGCUAUUAAAAUCCUCGACCGAGAUAAGGUUCUACGUCACAAAAUGGUUGAACAGCUUAAAAGAGAAAUUUCGACAAUGAAACUGAUUAAACAUCCAAAUGUGGUCGAAAUCAUUGAGGUUAUGGCGAGCAAAACGAAGAUCUAUAUCGUUCUUGAGCUUGUCAAUGGAGGUGAACUCUUUGAUAAAAUCGCUCAACAAGGGAGACUUAAGGAGGAUGAAGCUCGGAGAUAUGUUCAGCAGCUCAUCAAUGCCGUUGAUUACUGCCACAGUCGAGGGGUCUACCACAGAGAUCUCAAGCCUGAAAAUCUUCUUCUUGAUGCAAAUGGGGUUUUAAAAGUUUCUGAUUUUGGGUUAAGCGCUUUCUCACUACAAGUUCGGGAAGAUGGUUUGCUUCACACAGCUUGUGGAACCCCCAACUAUGUUGCUCCUGAGGUUUUGUCGGAUAAAGGCUAUGACGGAGCAGCAGCAGAUGUAUGGUCAUGUGGUGUUAUUUUGUUUGUGCUCAUGGCUGGUUACUUGCCCUUUGAUGAGCCAAAUCUCAUGACAUUAUAUAAACGUAUAUGCAAGGCUGAAUUCAACUGUCCACCAUGGUUCUCGCCAGGUGCCAAGAAUGUCAUUAAGCGUAUUCUUGAUCCCAGCCCUAUAACCAGAAUAAGUAUCGCAGAGUUGCUAGAAGAUGAAUGGUUCAAGCAAGGGUACAAGACGCCAUCAUUUGAGCAAGAUGAUGAAGACAUAACCAUUGAUGAUGUUGAUGCUGCUUUCAGUAACUCCAAGGAAUGUCUUGUAACAGAGAAGAAGGAGAAACCUGAAUCGAUGAAUGCUUUUGAACUUAUCUCUAGCUCAAACGAGUUCAGUCUUGAAAACUUGUUCGAGAAGCAAGCCCAACUUGUGAAGAAAGAGACGCGGUUUACUUCAAACCGACCUGCAAGCGAAAUAAUGUCGAAGAUGGAAGAAACCGCAAAGCCAUUAGGCUUCAAUGUCCGUAAAGACAAGUACAAGAUAAAAAUGAAAGGAGACAAAAGUGGUCGUAAAGGUCAGCUCUCAGUUGCUACAGAGGUGUUUGAAGUGGCACCAUCUUUGCAUGUGGUAGAGCUUAGGAAAACCGGCGGUGAUACCCUCGAGUUUCACAAGUUCUACAAAACCUUCUCAUCUGGAUUAAAGGAUGUAGUCUGGAAUACUGAUGGCGCAGCUCAAGAACAUAAAGUUUAAUAAGUUUAUUAGCAAGUUGUUCCAUUCAAAAGCAAUAUAAACUAAAUGAAGAAAGAAAGAAAGAGCAUUGAACAAGUUGAAACUUUUAAGUGAACCUUCAAAGAUAGUAGAUAACUAAAAAAUUGUCAAACCUAGUGAGCUAUGAAGGUAUUAUAUCCACAUGCGAUAUUCCUCAAAACGCGGUGUGGCUUACUUUGAGUCAACUCAGUUUGUCAAAAACCAAUAAAAUUAAGGGAUUGUUUCAUCAAAA